AUGGGUUGGUUCUGGGCAGACUCUCAGCCAAGCGUGCCACAGGCACCUCAUCCUCCUUAUCCAUCCAAUGCAUCCCCUCCGGCUGCAUGCCCGAUGCAUGAAUCGCGUCCGGCAGCCGUUACAGCCCCCGCGAGCGCAGACCCUCCCAGCGCCUGUCCUAUGAAAAAAUCAACAGAUUCUCCUUUCUACACUCCCCCGAAAACAUCCAACGUGGAAACUCCGCAAGAGCCCGCUCCUUCCAACAAGCCCUCUACAUUGUCCAAACUGAACCCGUUGAACUACAUGUUCGCUUCUAUCUCUCAAGAGCGCGCUGCGAACCAGACCGUUGAUCUGUCUAUUGAGCGUGAACCAUCAACUAUUCCCCGCGGCGACUCUGAGGGUAACUGGGAAUAUCCUUCUCCGCAACAAAUGUACAACGCUAUGCUUCGCAAGGGUCACACGGAUACUCCCCAGGAUGCAGUCGAGGCCAUGGUUGCCGUUCACAACUUUUUGAACGAGGGUGCCUGGAACGAAAUUGUUGGAUGGGAGCGCACAUUCGCCAGGGGCCUUAAGUCAGGGUGGGAGAAGUGCCGCCGCGGUGAAGAGAAUCUCGGCUGGGAGCUGGCCAUGGCCGAGAUGCAUGGCAAAAUUGACCAGGAGACAGAGCCUCGUUUAAUCCGAUUCCAAGGCCGACCGAAGGAGCUUACUCCCAAGGCUCGGGUGAUGCAGGCUCUUGGAUAUGUGUACCCCUCUGCAUUUGAAACAAAACCACCAUUCGAUCGACACGAUUGGUUUGUCCAGCGUCAAACACCUUGGGGAACUAAGGAAGUUCGAUACGUCAUUGAUUAUUAUUCAGGCCCCCCCGAGCCCACUGGUGAGCCUGUGUUCUUCCUCGAUAUUCGCCCUGCUUUAGAUUCGCCCACAGCUGCUGUUGAGCGACUGAUGCGAUGGGGAGGUGAUGUUUGGUGGAGAGCCAGCGGUGCUGCUGUCCGAGAGAAAGGUCAUUGA